UGUCACGUGACCUGCAGCAGCUUCCUGUCCAAUUGAAUGAAUGGACUGUAAAUAGGAGCCAAUGAGGUGCAAGGGGCGGUUAUAAAAAGAUGAACGCGCUUUAAUCCGCCGCAGCAGAACCGGACCCGCUUGAGACCACAACACUCGACCGGAACCACAGCAUCAUCAUGCCUUUCGGGAGCAACAAGCUGAAGAUGAACUACUCCGCCGAGCAGGAGUACCCGGACCUAAGCCAGCACAACAACCACAUGGCCAAGGUGCUCACGCCCGAAAUGUACGCUCACCUGCGCGACAAGGAGACGCCCAGCGGCUUCACCCUGGAUGACGUCAUCCAGACCGGGGUGGACAAUCCAGGUCAUCCGUUCAUCAUGACGGUGGGCUGCGUCGCUGGAGACGAGGAGACUUACGAUGUGUUCAAGGACCUGUUGGACCCUGUUAUCGAAGACCGCCAUGGAGGUUACAAACCCAACGACAAGCACAAGACUGACCUCAACGCAGACAACCUGCAGGGUGGAGAUGAUCUGGAUCCAAACUACGUUCUGAGUUCUCGGGUUCGGACGGGUCGCAGCAUCCGUGGCUUCUGUUUGCCGCCACACUGCAGCCGAGGAGAACGCCGGGCCAUCGAGAACCUUUCCAUUGAAAGUCUGGACGCCCUCGAUGGCGACUUAAAAGGUCGUUACUACGCCCUGAAGAACAUGACUGAGGAGGAGCAGCAGCAGCUGAUUGAUGACCACUUCCUGUUCGACAAGCCCGUCUCGCCGCUGCUGCUAUCAUCUGGCAUGGCCCGUGAUUGGCCCGACGGCCGCGGGAUCUGGCACAAUGACAACAAGACCUUCCUGGUUUGGGUCAACGAGGAAGACCACCUGCGGGUCAUCAGCAUGCAGAAAGGCGGCAACAUGAGGGACGUCUUCUCACGCUUCUGCACUGGACUCACCAAGAUUGAGGACCUGUUCAAGGAGCGAGGUCACGAGUUCAUGUGGAAUGAGCACCUGGGCUAUGUCCUCACCUGCCCGUCCAACCUGGGAACGGGUCUGCGGGCCGGGGUCCACGUGAAACUUCCCAACCUCAGCAAGCAUGAGCUCUUCGGAGAGAUUCUGAAACGUCUGAGGCUGCAGAAGAGAGGGACAGGGGGUGUGGACACUGCAGCGGUGGGCGGAGUCUUUGACAUCUCCAACGCCGACCGGUUGGGUUUCUCUGAGGUGGAGCUGGUCCAGAUGGUGGUGGACGGAGUCAACCUGCUGGUCGAAAUGGAGAAACGUCUCGAGUCCGGAGACGCCAUCGAUGACCUGAUGCCCGAGCAAAAGUGAACUGCACUUUAACCUUUCACCUCUGACACCUCCCUCUCAUGCACUCUCACCCCACAUCCCCAAACGUCACUGUAACCUGAAUGAGUCCUACGGGACAUUAGUGAGCCACUAGACUGCUAACACCGCCACAAUUUUUUAGUUCCUGUUUGGACCGCUGAAACAUCCCAAAUAAAGUAUGUGAAACACCAAA